UGAAGAAAAACAUAAAUUUUUAGAUUAAAUAACAAAAAAUUAUCCAAUUAUGAGAAAGUCGUGUUGACUGAGGAUUCCUGUUAGAAAAAACUGAAGAAACAGAUGUCCAAAAAAUCAAAAUUCCUAAACCUUCCAAGUUCAAAACCAAAACCUAUUUCUUUUCAUUUCCAUUGCAAAAUAAAAGCUUCAAGAAAGUUCAUUUUGAACGCAAAAGGCCGGCAAGCAAAAACAUAUGGAUCCUCAGAAUCAAAGCGAUUUCUUAGCUCAGUCACUGACACGGGAUUCUACAACUCAGUGGACUCGUUUGGAGGAUAAGCUGUUUGAGGAUGCGUUGGUUAUAUUCCAGGAAGAAACCUCUGAUCGGUGGCAGAGGGUUGCCGACAGGAUUCCUGGAAAGUCGGCGAGAGAAGUGAAAGAGCAUUUUGAUGUGCUUGUGCACGAUCUUUACGAAAUCGAUGCCGGUCGAAUUGAAGUUCCUAAUUAUGCUGAUGAUUCGUCUGUGUUAUCGUCAAGCUGUGAUUCCGAAAAUCAGAUAUCUUUCACUUCAAAAUCUAAACAACAGCAAGCAGACAACGAGAGAAAGAAAGGAACUCCGUGGACAGAAGAGGAACACAGGUUAUUUUUAAUUGGUCUGCAGAAAUUUGGCAAAGGUGAUUGGCGGAGUAUAUCAAGAAACGUAGUGAUAACUCGAACACCAACUCAAGUGGCUAGCCAUGCUCAGAAAUACUUUCUCAGACAGAGCUCCAUAAGGAAGGAGAGAAAAAGAUCGAGCAUCCAUGACAUUACAACAGUCGAUAACAGUAUGGUCGAUGCACCUGUUGAGCAAAAUUGGGGGUCAAGUGGUCAGGCAUCUUCACUGCAACAAUUGCCCUGUCCGAACUACUUACCUUCUGAUGACGGGUCCUUAGUGUAUCAACAAAACUAUGGUUUUCCAAUGUAGAGAUAGAUCAGAGCUCCAAACUCUGUAUAUAUGUAUAUAAACCCAAUUCCCUAUCUAUAUUCAUGUAAGCAAUUUGUAUAU